GACAGGAAUUUUAUCCAAUACAUUUGCUUCGGUUUUGGUGCUGUAUCGAUCGACGCUAUUAUGAUGUAGGACAUAAACCAUCGAAGGAAUUUGUAACGAACAAGAAGCAAGUGCAAGAAUAUAAAUGUCUGCGAAUAUGGUCCGAAACAUUUUCUUUAUGAUCAAAUAGCUUCUCAGAGUGCAAUGCAGUCUCCAUCAUUAGCAGUUGUGAAAUUUUUGGUUAAAUAUUGUGGUACUGAUUUAAGCUGCAAAGAUGAGUUGGGCAAAACUGCUUUACAUCAUGCUGUUGGUGUUGGCGUAACAGAAAUUGUCAAAUAUUUUGUUGAACAAUGUGGCGUUGAUGUAAAUGAAAAGGACAGAAGAGGUUGGACAGCGCUAAAGUAUGCUGUUGCUACAGGUAGGCUGGAAAUUGUAGAAUAUCUUGUUGAACAUGGCGCUGGUGUAAAUGGAAAGGAUACUGACGAGAAGACAGUGCUACACACUGCUGUUACCAAAGGUUCGCUAGAAAUUGUAAAAUAUCUUGUCGAAAAGGGAGCUGGUGUAAAUAGCGAGGAUACUAACGGAGGGACCGUUUUGAACAACGCUCUUUCAAAAAAUAACACAGGAAUGGUAAAAUAUCUUGUUGAACAUGGCGCUGAUCUAAAUGGAAUGAAUAGAGAAGGGUGGACAGCGCUAAACUAUGCUGUUAAUACAGGUAGGCUGGAAAUUGUAGAAUAUCUUAUUGAACUUGGCGCUGAUGUAAAUGGAAUGGAUAGAGGAGGGUGGACAGCGCUGAAAUAUGCUGUAACUACAGGUAGGCCAGAUAUUGUAGAAUAUCUUGUUGAACAUGGCGCUGGUGUAAAUGGAAAGGAUAGUAACGGGAAGACAGUGCUACACACUGCUGUUACCAAAGGUGCGCUAGAAAUGGUAAAAUAUCUUGUCGAAAAGGGAGCUGGAGUAAAUAGCAAGGAUACUGACGGGAGGGCAGUCUUGAACUACGCUCUUUCUAAAAAUAAUUUAGAAAUGGUAAAAUAUCUUGUUGAACAUGGCGCUGAUAUAAAUAGCAAGGAUACUACCGGGCGGACAGUCCUGCACAGUGCUGCCACUAAAGGCACGCUAGAAAUAGUGAAAUAUCUUGUUGAACAUGGCGCCGAUGUAAAUGGUAGGAAAACUGACGGUUGGGCAGUGCUUCAAAGUGCAGUUGCUAUGCAUAACGUAGAAGUCGUAAAAUAUCUUGUUGAACAUGGCGCCGAUGUAAAUGGUAAGAAAACUAAUGGUUGGACAGUGCUGCGAAAUGCUGUUAAUAAUGGUACGUUAGAAAUGGUAAAACUUCUUGUCGAAAUGGGCGCUGGUGUAAAUAGCAAGGAUACUGAUGGUGAGACAGUCUUGAACAACGCUGUUUUUAAAAGUAACCUAGGAAUGGUGAAAUACCUUGUUGAACAUGGCGCUGAUGUAAAUAGCAAGGAUACUUCCGGGAGGACAGUUCUGAGCAGGGCUGUUACUAGAGGUGGGCUAGAAAUAGUUAAUUAUCUAGUUGAAAACGGCGCUGAUGUAAAUGGAAAGGGAGUUCUACAUCAUGCUGUGAGAGAUGGUGAAUUUAGCAUUGUGAGAUAUCUUGUUGAACAGGGCGCUGAUGUAAAUGGUAAAGGUGCUAAUGGAUUGUCAGUCUUGCACACUGCUGUCGAUUUUUGUGUAUUAGAAAUUGUCAAGUAUUUAGUUGAGCAGGGUGCUGACGUUACUCUGAACAGUAAAAUCAGUGUUCAUACUCUUGGAUUUGACGUCCUGAAGAUAGCUGUUGUAAAUAAUUCAGUUCAUUUGGUAAAGCUUCUGUUGGAAAAGAACGUUGUGUGGAGAUCCGGGACUUUCCCUGUUAAAGGAAGGCAAAUGUAUCUUCUUGAAUGGAGUAUUUUCAAUGACCAUGUUGAAAUUACGACUACACUUAAAAGAUCCGUAAAACAUCGUGAGAAAAUUCAGAGGUUGAAAACAACGGACUGUAAGCAGUUAGAAAAGACUGAAGUACCGAUGCAGGCUUUUGUGGCAAAAAAUGAACUCAAAAUUGGCGAUGGUUGUGGUGGUUCACGUGUCUAUGUUGGUCUCAUGAAAGAUGGAAGUGAAGUUGCCGUUAAGAGAAUUUUAGUACAAAGUGAGGAUAAAACAGUUGAAAAUGAAAAGACAAUAAUGAGUCUCAUAAAAACUAACAGAUGUAAAUUUAUUGUGCACUAUCGUCAUUUUUACCGUGGCGAUGAUUUUAUGUAUCUUAUUGUUGAUCUUUGCGAAGAAAACUUGAGGGAACUUGUUGAUGCAUCUAAAAUUGAAUAUCUACGAAAGCGUGGUCCACGAAUGAUUUGGGAAAUUUUAUCCGGACUCGCAUUUCUUCAUGAUAAAGGAAUAUUGCACAGAGAUCUAAAACCAUCAAAUAUUCUGGUUGAUAUCGAGGGUCGCAUGAAAUUGGCAGACUUUGGAAUAAGCCGUGUUCUUAAUGAAGAAGAAACGACAGUUGAAACAGAUGCUAAAGGUACUCGUGGAUGGAUGCCACCAGAAGUAAUUGAAGCAAUAGUUAAAAAAGAAAAGGGUCGUUUUAAAAAGAAAUCAGAUGUCCAGGUCGCGGGUAUGAUUGCUUUCUACGUCUUAACUAAAGGUGAACACCCUUUUGGAUCUGAGUUAGAUCGAAUGAAAAAUAUUUUAGAGGGUAAUCCUGUCAAUUUGAAGAAACUUGAUGACCGCGAAGCUCAAAAGUUAGUGUUGUGGCUGAUUAGUCACAAGAUUGAUGAUAGACCAUAUGCUGACGAAGCAAUGAGGAAUUCUUUUUUCACCGAGACACAACGAACACAGCAGAGAAGAAGACCACAACAUCGAUUGUCACGUGUUAAACGUAAAUGAAAUAAUUUGUGUUCUUGGGCAUCUCAUAUUUCUCAAAACAACUCCAGUAUUCUUCUGUUGUUGUUAUAGUUCUUUUGAUAAUCUUUGUGAAUAACACCAUUAAAAAGGCGGGUCAUCCGUCAGACAUAUUAUCUGCGAAGUUUGUUUCAAUUAAUUAAAGUGCUACUGCAACGAAUUUUUCGACUCCAUUUUUAUUAGCCUAAACAAAUAUUCAGCCUUUUAGAAACAAUUUGAUGUAUAUAUGACUUUUGUGUGUUAAGUAGAAGUUGACUAAUUUUGCCCUCAAACCUCAGUAUCAAAUGCGAACUUUUAUAGCCGUUAUGUUUGCUGAUGUGACGUCAUAACGAGUACCGAUGUUUCGAGGCUUAUGGUAAUAUGUAUAGCUUGUGUGUUGUCCGCUUCGAAUUUUCGAGCUUGACGCGGAGAACCAAAUCAUUUUAUUUUGAAAUGGAAGUUAAGUCUGUUACCUAACAUAUAUUCAAGGAAUGCCUGGUAAAGGGUCUGAAAAUAUACGCCGAUUUGUUAGAAAAUUCAAAUUAGUCUUAGGCCCGGCUGACAGGGAUAUAAUGUAGUAAUAUAUGCCAUAUAUAAGCAUGUAUAUGUUGUGCCGCAAAGUCCUUUAUGCCACAAAGUCCUACAUAAGACGAUCUUGAAGAACUUAAAAAAACUGCUUAGGCUUUCAGUAAAAGAAGACGAAGGCAAUGAUAUGAUGUCCUUGUUACUGAUAAUAUUGGUGUAUGCUAUGCGAUAUAUUCCCGCAAACCAUAAACAGUAAUAUGAUACUGCACUAUUUGUAAAUGCCACAUUGCCACUGUUUUGCAAUAGCGCGUAUCCAAAUAUAUCAAACACACACUAACACAGGUCCGUUUAUCUACGUAAAUACUCAAGAAACACCAUCCUUGCUGAUUUAAAUUGAUCUUCAAUGUCUUAAGAGACGACACUGGCGAUGCACAUUAAGACACCAAGGCCAACAUCAUUAUAAUUCAUCUUUAAUGCAUGUGCGCGCGAAGUAUCGCAUUGAUGAUAAAAUCAGCCUUUGCCUAUAUAUCUGUUAGCUUUCAACUUUUGCUACGAUUCUUCAGACAUAAAAUGUAUGCACUGAAUCUUCUUUCAAUACUCUUUUAUUUAAGGGAUCUUGCUAAACAAGAGUCAUAUACGAAUCUUUGAAAUCGACUUAGCCGCGCAAAGAACCGCACCAUGAGACAGAAAGUCGGGACAAAAUUCAAUAUUUUCUUCGACUUUGGCGAUCCAUCUUUUUGUUAGGAACAUAUGUAUAGAUAUUUAAUAAUUUUGAUGAAUACUGGCUUAGUAAGGACUGUAAGAAACACAGCUUCUUCGUCGACGAGGCUACUUAACACUAGUAUUUUUACGCCAUGCUAAGAAUCGGUACUCUUUUCUACGUCACAAACCACAAUAUGGCGGAGCAAAAGUUCGCACAGGAAGUGGCAAAAAUCGCGACUUUGGAGAGCUAUAAAAAUCUUUUGAGAAAGCCAAUUUUGAUUCUGUUUUCAGAAAUGAAAUCAGGAAAGCGAGCACUUUAAAUUGAGCCAGUAAAAAAGGGGUCGAAAAUUUCGUUGCAGUAGCACUUUAAUCCUUUCUAGCCCAAGUUAGUUCAGGCUGAUUGUCAGUUUAAUUCAGUUUAAUUCGUUAAUGGCGUGUGUCUAUGCAUGGUUAGUUUAUAUUAACUUUAUCGCGGAGAAACAUAUUAACUCCUCUUUUUAGGACUCCUAGAUACCGACUUUUUUAUGACGUUUUAGGACUCUUUGAUGCUUAAACGUUUUUUGAUAAAUUAUAGUCUGUAUUUUAGCAGUGGCGGAUCUGCGGGAUGUGCAGUGUUGGCCAGUGGUCUGGCCUGGAGGGACAUGCGCGGUAGAAUGAAUUUGAAGGGGUUGGAAGUUUGUACAUUUGGACAGUAAACGUUUUAGUAAUAUAAUAUACUUUUAUUCUAUACAUCUUUGACUCACAUUUCUUUGUGUGUGGUCUAUAA